AUGACGGCCGAUGAAAAGCACAACUUCUUUGUCGGCGUGCUCGAGAAGUCCACCUCCAAGAAGGGGCUUGACGAGACAGAGGAGGUGUCCCAUCUGUUCAAGGAGCACGGCCACAUGAACGGCAUGCUUGAAAAGCUCGCUCUGUCCAUCCAUGCGCUCAUGGGACAGGUCGAACCGAAGCCCAGCGUGCAGGGCUCGUACCCGUUCGACAUGGCACUGUACUCGGUGUUGGACACGUGCAUGACCAGCCGGCAUCCUGAAUUUGAUCGUCUUGGCAAGAUGGGGUACAAUAACCAGCGUGACAAGGCGUUCAACACGGUGCCGCCUGUCGUGGAUGAGCUCAGCCGAGGCAUGGUUGCUAUCUUUUGGCGGGAGGGCGACAACAUCAUCAAUGCCGGGCUCGCCGCCGCCGGUGUCAACGUCAAGCCAACAGUCUUUCGCAAGCGUCACCCGUUGUACUGCGGCCUCUGGGUCUCCGACAUGCGAAACCAGCUACACUUCCUUGGUAUACGGCUCAAGCGGUCGUUUGGCAACAAGAAGUGGGACGAGAUGGAACUGUUUUUCGACAAGUUCUUUAUUGGCAAGGCCCUAUCCAACAUUGAAGAAUACUACAAGCAGCUCUUGUCUCGUCAUGGGAUUCUCCGCUGGCAACUUCACCCCCAACACCCGCAACAAGGGCGUGUCAACAGGGUCUUCAGGGGCAGAUUCCGUCCCGACUCUAGCCGGAUUAACCUCAACGCAGAAGACGGCGUGCCUGGCUCCUCAGUCCACCUCAUCGACUUCUUGGCUCAUGCCCUUGAAGCAGAAAUCCUGCCGCAGGAGCCGGAUUACUUCCUUGGCCAUCGCAUCUGCUGGACCUUGCUGCGUAAGCUCAAGACGGCCAUCGAAGGCGACAUGCUCAAGUGGCUUGGCCCCAGGUACAUUGAGAAGGAAUAUCAGUUGCCCUUCCUGGUUGGAUACGUCUUCCGUUCCCUCAUCGGCGACCAGGGCACGAUCCACGGAAACAUCACCACCUCCCAGCGGCUCCCCGGCACAGACCUGUUCCACAAAGCAGCCCAGGUCUAUCUUUACAUCUUUGGAGGCGAGGACGGAGAGGUGGAGCGUGGCCAGGUCAAGAACGGGAUUGAUGUGUUCCACGCAAUGGCAAAGAUGAGAAAGGUCAUCCCCGAUGAUCCGCACCCUGCAUCUCAGUCCCAUUACAACGGCGUCGGCGCCAGCAGGGGCAUCCUGAACUCUGCGAACAUGAACGACGAAUGGGAUAAGGACUAUGAUGAGGACUAUGACAGCGAUUACAGCGAUGGCACGGCUGGUUUUACCGAGAGACUUUGCAACACUACCCGGGGUGGGGGCAGUCCGCGAUUGCAAGGCCAGGAGUUGAUGGAUGCGUACGCCGCAAUGUGGCAGGUUGCCGCGAGAGGAGCGAGGCAAGGACGAGGAAUUGAUGGGCUGGUGAGAGAAGUGGAGGAGCAGAUGGGAAGAGUACUGGGAUAA